AUGGUGCGACAAAAGAAUCCGCACCCGAAACGCGCGGAAAACGCGAGGACGGCGGUGGUCGCGAGCGACAGAGAGGAGCGAGAAGCGCGAGAGUUUCGAGAAGAAGAAGAAGAAGAACGAGUGUUGUGUUUGACAAUACCUGAUUAUGAUGAUGAUGAUGAGAUGGACGAACAGAUACGAGAAGAAGAGAUGACUGUUAGGAAAGGAUGGAAGAGAAAGAGAGGGCACGAGUGCGAUCUUUGCGAGAAGGUGUUUGAUAGACCAUCAAGUUUGGCCAUACACAUGCGUAUUCACACGAACGAGAGACCGUAUGAAUGUGAUGUGUGCGAUAAAGCUUUUCAUACAUCUGGUCAUUUGAAAAGCCACAUGCGUAUUCACACGAACGAGAAGCCGCAUGAAUGUGAAGUGUGCGAGAAGCGUUUUAGUCAAGCUGGUAAUUUGAAAACGCACAUGCGUAUUCACACGAAAGAGAAACCGUAUGAAUGCGAUGUGUGCGAUAAAGCUUUUCGUGAUUCUGGUAAUUUGAAAAGGCACGCGCGUAACGUUCAUUAG